GGAGGACGCGUCGUCGUGUCCUCGUCGCUCACACACGCUCCGUCGCCCAGUCAGUGUUUACCAACAAUCUCAGCCUAUUGUGCCCUCAGAAGUAGGCUUUUUGUCCUCUUGGAUCGCCAGGAAACAGCAGCAAUGGGCGUACAGCAACAGCCCCCGCUUGUUUCCAAGCCCAGACAGCCUAAGCCCGUCAGCGAAGCCCGAAGGAUCCGGAAGCCGCUGAUGGAACGGAAACGACGGGAGAGAAUUAACACGAGCCUGAACGACCUGGCCUCUCUCUUGGCCGAGGCCCACCUGGUCAAGGGCGAGGCUGGCAAGCCCACCAAGCUAGAGAAAGCUGACAUACUCGAGCUUACCGUCAAGCACAUGAAGACCCUCAGAGACAGUGACGAAGACAGAACUGACGGCUCUGACAGUGCCGUCAACAGCUACAGGGACGGUUUCACUCGCUGCAUGAAUGUAGUGGAACAGGCACUCGGCAAAGCAGGCAAAGAGGCACUCAGGGAACGUCUUCUAUGUCAUCUUAAGUCUUGUCUAAAGACACUUCAGCUACCUACUAUCCGCCAGGAAGAAAUAGAUUGUCAAACGGCCAAUCAGGACGCCACUAACAGGCUUUCUGCGGUAACUGCAUCGUCAGGCAUUAAAUGUGAGUCGCUGGUUGGUCUGAAGCCUGAGGUUGGCACUCCUGAGAGUGCCACAAGCGAGGCAGGGAGCCAUAUCACACUAGUGCCCACUCGCAUGCCCUCAGGAGGUGUCUGCUUCCUCCUUCAAGGAGGUAUCGACUCCAGUCUUCUCCUGCCGCUGGAGGGGGAGGUCACUGAAGGGAUUAACAGCGGCUCCGACGCUUCUUCGUCUUCGUCGUGUGAAGGAGUCGUAGUGUCCCCUGUGUCCAGUGAGGGUUCCAGGACUACAUCAUCCACCCAGUGUCCGCCCAUCUCUACAUCCACCCAGUGUCCGCCCAUCUCUACAUCCACCCAGUGUCCGCCCAGCUUAACAUUCACCCAGUGUCCGCCCACUUCAACAUCCACACAGUGUCCGCCCACUUCAACAUCCACCCAGUGUCCAUCCACUUCAACAUCCACCCAGUGUCCGCCCAGCUUAACAUCCACCCAGUGUCCGCCCACUUCAACAUCCACACAGUGUCCGCCCACUUCAACAUCCACCCAGUGUCCUCCCAGCUUAACAUCCACCCAGUGCCCGCCCAUCUCUACAUCCACCCAGUGUCCGCCCAUCUCUACAUCCACCCAGUGUCCGCCCAGCUUAACAUCCACCCAGUGUCCGCCCAGCUUAACAUCCACCCAGUGUCCGCCCAGCCUAACAUCCACCCAGUGUCUGCCGAGCUUAACAUCCACCCAGUGUCCGCCCACUUCAACAUCCACACAGUGUCCGCCCAGCUUAACAUCCACCCAGUGUCUGCCGAGCUUAACAUCCACCCAGUGUCCGCCCACUUCAACAUCCACCCAGUGUCCGCCCAUCUCUACAUCCACCCAGUGCCAGCCCACCUCAACAUCCACCCAGUGCUCGCCUACACCCUCGUUCUCCACCUUCCAAUCCGCCUCCAUACCCACUCAGACCCCAUCAACCUACACAUUCAUCCAAUUAGAACCCACUUUCACAUCCACCCAGUACCCACUAACCUCAACAUCCACACCCACCUCCAUACCUACAUCGCACCAGUACCCACCCACCUACAUACCCACACCCGCCCAUUUCUCCCCCACAAUUCUUGCCCCUACCAAUAUGUCUAUCGUAUACUCACCCGGAUCAAUAGACACACAGGAGUGUUCAUACACUCCCUUAAACACCCUGGCUAGGACCCACACCAAUCACGAAUCAGUGAUCUUAGCCUAUUACACCCCGACCAAUCCCGCCCACGCCCCGCCCACACCCCCGCCCAGUGUGUCUCCCCAGAGCUUCCAGCCCCCUUGUCACCUCCAGGAGUCAAGCGAGGACGAUAUGGAGACGGAUGAGGAGGGUGACGUGGACAUCGAAGUGGAAUAUGAGGGGGAACCUUAUGAUCUGAGUAUGAGGCGAAUGUGGCGUCCUUGGUGACUCUUUGGGACUCCUUGGGACCCCCUGGGACCCCUUGGGACUCCUUGGGGCUCCUUGGGACCCCUUGGGACCCCUUGGGACCCCUUGGGACUCCUUGAGACUCCUUGGGACCUCUUGGGACUCCUUGGGACCCCUUGGGACCCCUUGGGACCCUUUGGGUCCUCUUGGGACCCCUUGGGACUCCUUGAGACUCUUUAGGACUCUUUGGGACUCUUUGGGACUCCUUGGGACCCUUGGGACCCCUUGGGACUCUUUGGGACCCCUUGGGACCCCUUGAGACACCUUGGGACCCCUCUACGUGAACUCAGUAAGCUGAGCUCUUGACCCCGCAGUGAGCGUCCAGCAGAUCGAAAUGACUAAGGGCAUUGAAUAACCAAAGACAUUAGGCAGUCUUUUUUCUUGUGAACAAACACAAUUUACACGAGUGAUGUUAAAAAGUUGGUUCAUUUACCAUUGAAAACAGUUCCAUAGAGGGAUUAAUACCUUACUAAAAAAUUAACACACCACUGUAUAGUGGGAUUUUAGUUUUUAAGAAAAGACAUUACUUCAUUUUGAAGCGAAAUUACGUACCUGAUAAUA